GAGAGCUUGCGCUGUGUACGACGAGGCUUGGUGCGCCCCAAACUUGGAGCGCCCGGCAGGCUGCGAACGCGCCCUCCCGCCUCCCUCCCACUCGAUCGGGGCAGCCCCGCGGCCGCGCGGCCUGGCCCUCCCGGCCGAAGUUUUGUGCAGCGCCUCCCGGCCGAAAGACGCAACGCGCCCUUCCUAGGCCCCUCCCGACGACCCGGGGCCCUGCGUCGGGCCCAAACGACCCGCCCCCCCGUGCCACGGGGCCGGAGCCGGCGCCAUGAACCCCAUGGACGGUUUGGAUGAGCCCCUGCUCGACGACGACGACACGAAGCGCCGGCGCUGGACGAAGCGCGAGGACGAGAAGCUCCGGGCCGGCGUGCGCGCUCUGGGCACGGACGACUGGGCGCGCGUGUGCUCGCGCUACCUCAGCGGCCACGGCCGCGCGCCGGACCAGUGCCGGCACCGCUGGGAGCAUGUGUUGAGAGAGGGUUUGGUGAAGGGCGCCUUCACGCCCGACGAGGACGCGAUCAUCCUCGAGAUGCUGUCCAACGGCCAGCGGCCCUCGUGGAUGGACGUCGCCGCGCGCAUUCCCGGCCGCAUCGGCAAGCAAUGUAGGGAGCGCUGGACGAACCACCUCGACCCGAACCUCAAGAAGGGCGGCUGGACGCCCGAGGAGGACGCCGUCAUGGCGGCGGCCCAAGCGCGCUGGGGCAACGCCUGGACGAAGAUCGCCGAGCUGCUUCCCGGUAGAGCGGAAAAUGCGGUGAAAAAUAGGUGGAACUCCGCCUUCCGCCGGAACAACGCGCACGCCUUCGGCCGGGCCACGGACGACCGCGUCGCGCGCGCGCUCCAGGAGGCGCGGCGCGGCAUGGAAAUUAUUGAUCGGGCGGGCUCGUUGCACGCCGACGGCGGGCGCCACUCGCCCGCCAAUAUGAACGCGCCGCCGCGGCGCCGGGCGCAUCGCCGCGCGCGGUCGCCCGCGCAGCUGCCAGCGCCGCGCCGUUCGACGCCGUCACCCUUAAAUACGGGCGCGCCGCCGGAGGGUUUAGAUUUGGUGGUCCUGGCCAUCGAGUCGUCGCGCGGCCUGCCGGCCAUCGACGACGGGUCCUCGUCGCCGCUGCCCGAAUCGCCGCGCAAGAAGCGCAAGGAGCCGGAGCAGGCGUCGUCGCUGCCGGCCGCCGCCGACGUCACUUCCAGCGUGGAGACGCUGCGCGAGCGCUCGCCGUCCGACGACCAGAAGCCUCCGGGCGAGGAGGCGUCGGUGAUCACGCCGCCACCGCAAGCCGCGAAAACGGCGUGGCCCGAGGAGUCGAAGGCGGCGGUGCAGAAAACCCUAAACCCGUCGCCGGACAACUCCGUCGACGGGGCCGGUCAGCCGGUGUCGCCGGUCUGA